UGUGCCAAAGGCUGUGAGAAUGAAGCGUGGGUGUUUGUGCGUACCUGCGAUGCUUGUGUGAGUGGACAGACUCAACACUGUGUUCAAUUGUCCUUCCCCUGAGCAGCCCCUGCUGCAGUGCAUCCCCGAUUGCUCGGACCUGUUCCUGUGUGGAUUUAACUUUCCUUCAGCAGAACUGAGGAAAACAACCGCAAACCGAGGACAACAUUCAGGAUUAAUAAAGACACCAGAGGAGUACUGGCCAAGAUGUUGAUCACCAUGCUAACAGCCAUGUACAUGAUGGUCAGAGUGGUAGAAACGAUAGGCGUGCGAUUUGCACGGCAACAGGAACCUUUGCCUUAUAUGGUGUCACAGCCGCUGCCUUGGCAGGUUCACUCUGUGUCACACAGCCGGAGGAGCAGUAAAGCAGAAGAGUUUGAUGGCCUCAGGAGAAACAGCAUAGGCGUGUAUAGAAAGAACUCCAAUGCCAGCAAUGGGAAUUGUACUGCACCUCCUGCUCCUCCACUCAGCCCUGUUGAAGCUGAGAAGGCCGCCGCUACCAUUCAGACCCAUUUCAGGAAGUUUCAACAGAAGAAACAGAAGAACGGCAAGUAGACGGAUAAGGAGGGAGGGUGGCGCUGAUGGAACAAGUCUGAGAGACGGCAAGAAGGAAGUCUGGCCUGUGUGUAUUCACCAAAAAAUAGAUGGACUCUGUGAUGACAUACACAAAUGCAUAUGUAUGCUCAUAUGCAAAUGUACAUACAUUCAAAUUUACCUGACUCAGAAUAAACAGUAGCUUAGUUGACAUUUGAAACACUGCUUAUAAUGCACUAUUUAAAAUUCUAUGUGAACAGAAAUGUGAAUAUACUGUACAUCUGAAUGAAUAGUUUCGAUGUGUUGUGAAGACAGAGCGACCGUGAGGAUGUGUGCGACUGUGAGCGUGCUGUAAUUUAUAUAUCAUCACUGUUUUGAGUGUGUAAAAGUGGAAAAAUAAAAUCAUUUGUCAACA